GACGACAUUGUUGUUAUUGGUCAACAGCGGAGCGAGCGCUCGAUCCCCAUUGGACGCGUUUUUUUCUUUUAGAACGCGAGGAAGAGAAUUGUAAACGAAGCGCGUGCUUGAACAAAAUUGCAGGGUUGAAAAUAAAGCGUGCGUCUUUUCCAACCUCUUCAGCAUCGCGGCCUGAGCCAAGCCUGGAUCCUGCUCGUCACUACCGCCUUUCGAUCCACCAGUGAGACCGAGGCGCCGACGAUCCGCCUUCUCUCCAUCACUGCGUCUGUUCUCCACCAUUUUGUAGAGAUUUUCACCCGCACCGCUGUAGCGCGUGAGUGCAGCGAGUCCCGGCUUUAGUGAGCAGCGGCGUGGAGGCUUUUGUUUGCGCCUUGACAGGGCAGUUAAACUGUGCCCUCGCUGCAGACCAGGCGCAGCCUUUCUCGCUUUCUCAUCCCACAUUUUUCAGAUUGGCUUCUUUAUUAAUUUGUUUAUCUUGCGGGAUUCAAGAACCUGGCAGUCGGUGGAAAUAAAUAGCUGAAGGCGCUAACUCGAGUUAGCAAACCCGCGGCUGCGUCCCUAUUGUUUUAAGCGCCGUCACCGCCCGAGUCUGAAUCCCGCGUGCUCUUAAACCCACCAGCGGUUUUAAGUGUUCAGACGGUUUUAUUUCGAUAUUUAAAAUGUGCUCACGGGUGUGGUUUGUAACUGACCGGCGCAUUAGCCAGGAAUAUCCACAAGUUCAGAUCCUGCGGGCUCUGAAGGAGCGAUGCGUCGAGGACGACGUUGAAUUCCGCUAUCUGUUGAUGGACGAGAUCGUUAUAACCAUCACGGACGGACAGCUGGGUCUGCGAGUGGGGCAGGAGGUGGUGACGUCAUACCCACAGGUGGCUGUAGUGCGUGUUCCUACUCCAUGGGUGCAGUCGGACAGUGACAUCACCGUUCUGAGGCAUCUGGAGAAGAUGGGUUGCCGCCUGGUCAACCGGCCCAGUGCCAUCCUUAACUGUGUCAACAAGUUCUGGACUUUUCAAGAGCUUGCAGGACAUGGAGUUCCACUGCCUAAUACUUAUUCCUAUGGUGGCCAUGACAACUUUCGUAAGAUGAUUGACGAGGCAGAACCAUUAGGUUACCCGGUUGUGGUGAAAAAUGCUCGUGGACACAGAGGUAAGGCAGUGUUUCUGGCACGGGAUAAACACCACCUCUCUGACUUGUGCCACCUAAUCCGGCAUGAGGCUCCGUACCUAUUCCAGGAGUAUGUGAAGGAGAGCCAUGGGCGAGAUGUGCGCGUGGUGCUUGUGGGUGGCAGAGUGAUCGGCUCUAUGCUCCGCUGCUCAACAGACGGACGCAUGCAGAGCAACUGCUCCCUUGGUGGUGUGGGUGUGAUGUGCCCUCUGAGUGAGGAGGGCAAGCAGCUGGCUGUGCAGGUGUCCAACAUUCUGGGCAUGGAUGUGUGCGGUAUUGACCUGCUGCAGUUGAAUGAUGGCUCAUUUGUGGUUUGUGAGGCUAAUGCCAAUGUAGGCUUUAUAGCGUUCGACCAGGCAUGCGGGAUGGACGUGGCGGGUAUCGUGGCAGACUACGCCCUGUCGUUGCUGCCUAGUCGACUCAUCCGUAAGAUGUCUCUGCUCUCUGUGGUGUCUAGUGCCAGCGAGACCAGCAGUGAGCCUGAAGUGUGUAUCCCCCCAGAAGCAUGCCCACCCGUCCCUCCCUGCACCAUUCCUGAUGCCGUUAGCACCAUGAGCACCAGCUCCACUUCCAGUGAGAGUGAGACGGAGCUCGUUGAGAUAACCCACGCCCAGAGUGUGCCAGACCCUGCGUUCAACAUCAACUCCCUCCUUGCGAAGGAGAUUACUCUAUUGACUGAGUGAGCUGAAGAGAAAACUAAACCACAUGCACAGUCAUACACAGCACACAUACAUAUGCAUACACAUACAGUACAUGUACACAUGCAAAUAAGCAUACAGUGGUCAAAUGCGUAAACACACACAUACACACACUUGUGUUUUUGUACUAACCCAUUCUGAAACCCUGAUGUGGAUCUGAGGCUGCUCCCCUGACAGUGACUGCAAAAGUCCAGUGUCCAUUCUGACCAAGCCUUAGUGCAGGCAUUCAAUGAGUGAGUGAUUGCCACUGUAUUUCAGGGUGCAUUGUUCUGCAGAGUGGUUUUAGAAUCGAAAAGAUUUGGGGAGAUACACACUCACAUACACACAUACACAGUAUAAUGAGAGCCCCACACUAUUGUGAGUCUCAUCAAGCAUGCAGUGCGAUGCAUUGAUUUAACAUGAAGGAAAAUAUUCCAAAUCCGUUUGUCUAUGUUGCUCCAUUCUGGUGUGUUUGCACCCUCUAAAACACAAACACAGACAUUCACACAUCUGCAUGUGUAAAGAAGGACUGGAAAAUCUGUACAUAUUCUCUUCCCGUUACAGUGGACUGGUGCGCAGUUGUACAGACUAAGAUUGCAUUCACCGUUUUUAGCUUCAGCACUUGCCUGCAUUUAAUAAAAACGUCUUGUUGCAGAAGCAAACACGUCA